CCCUCUCCUUGUUCCUUGCCUCACUGAGCCGCAAAGGUCCAUUGUUCCUUCGCUGAAACUCGGAAUCUCGGAGAUGGGAGAGAACAAGCCCAAGUCAGCUGGUGUAUGGCCUACUGUGAAGCCUUUCGUCAAUGGCGGAGCCUCCGGUAUGCUCGCGACCUGUGUUAUACAACCUAUUGAUAUGAUCAAGGUGAGGAUUCAACUGGGUCAAGGAUCGGCUGUACAGGUGACAUCUAACAUGCUUAAGAAUGAGGGUGUUGCUGCAUUUUACAAGGGUCUAUCUGCUGGAUUACUCAGACAGGCAACAUACACAACUGCUCGACUUGGAUCAUUCAGAGUGUUGACCAAAAAAGCACAGGAGGCUAACGAAGGGAAGCCCCUGCCACUCUAUCAGAAAGCUCUGUGUGGACUGACUGCUGGUGCUAUUGGAGCAUGUGUUGGUAGCCCAGCGGAUUUGGCACUCAUUCGUAUGCAGGCUGAUGCAACUUUACCAGUUGCUCAGCGCCGAAAUUACACAAAUGCCUUCCAUGCUCUUUAUCGUAUUGUUGCUGAUGAAGGGGUGUUGUCACUUUGGAAAGGUGCUGGCCCUACUGUUGUAAGAGCCAUGGCAUUGAACAUGGGAAUGCUUGCCUCUUAUGAUCAAAGUGUUGAGUUUUUCAGGGAUUCCCUAGGUCUAGGUGAAACUUCUACCAUAAUUGGUGCAAGUACUGUUUCUGGAUUUUUUGCAUCGGCUUGCAGUUUGCCAUUUGAUUAUGUGAAGACCCAGAUACAGAAGAUGCAACCCGAUGCCGAGGGAAAAUAUCCAUACACUGGUUCUCUAGAUUGUGCUGUCAAAACCAUGAAAUCAGGAGGACCCUUCAAGUUUUAUACUGGAUUCCCUGUUUAUUGUGUCAGAAUUGCUCCUCAUGUCAUGAUGACCUGGAUUUUCCUUAACCAGAUUCAGAAGUUGGAGAAAACUAUUGGAUUGUAGUUUUCUUUGCUUAUGACCAUUUUCCUAUUGGGUUCAGACCAAUUUUUGCAUCCCUCAGGAGCAUGUAACGAUUUAAGAACGUUUAUUUGGUCUAAGGUUAAGCUUAAAAUAAUAGGUUGGUGGAAGAUCCUCUUGGGCUUCACUAACACCCGUGAAGUUGAUUAUUUUUUAUUUUUUCAAAGGAUUUCAUCAUGCAAGUGAAGCAGGAAUUCAACACAUCUGUUGUACUAUGUUAAAACUUUAGUUUUUCUUUAUUAGGAAAUUUAUUCUGUGACUGAAGGAGAUUGGCAUAAUCCACUUUUAGUGGGACUUUGAUUAAGACACGGAGAAAUCUUAAACCAGUAUUGCAGUUCACAAUGAGAAUUUCAUUGUCAAGUUUUGUAGUUU